AUGGCGACCGCCGACGUUGCAUCAUCGUCGGAUGUGGUAGAGCGUAGAAGGCUAGCAAUGGAAGUGUUGUUCGGAGAAAGUCCUAUUUCUGGUGGCGAGGAAGACGAUAUGGCGAUCCAAAGCGACGACGAUCAGGUGUAUAAAGUUGUCCCGGCCGACAAAUCGACAUGGCAGCAUUUGAGAUUUGAAAAUAGGGAAGCAUUUGUCAAGUUCUAUAAAGACUUCGCACACUGGAGGGAUUUUGGAGUAAAACGUAUUGGAGAACAGACUCGAAAACCCAAAUAUCUUAAGGAACGGAAGGUGUUUUACUUUGGAGCACGGUGCAACAAAGAAGGGUUCAAAACAGGGAGCACGCUGGAUCCAAAGAAUGUCGGUGUUGUGGUAGACACAGAACCUAAUAAGAAGAGGAAGAGGGCGAGACUCGGUUUGGAUGUAAAGUUGAAUCGGCAUGCUGUCCCCAUUGAAAUGGUCAACCAACCAGAUAAGCAGCUCGCUGUCAAACCUUUUCAUCUUCAAAUGGAAAACAAAAUCCAAUCCGAGCUUCUUUAUUAG